AUGGGGGCAUCAAAUGUGUCAGCAAUCUCAGAUUUUACCCUCGUGGGGCUUUUCAGCCACACAGGACCUCAUCUCAUCCUCUUCUUCCUCGUGGCCACUAUAUUCACCGCAGGACUGCUAGGCAACACCAUACUCAUUCUGAUCGCCACAGACUCCAGACUCCACACACCCAUGUACUUCCUGCUCAGCCAGCUCUCACUUCCGGAUAUUGGCUUCCCACUGGUCACCAUCCCCAAGAUGGUGGCUGACUUCCUGCAGGAAAGAAACGUCAUAACCUUCGGGGGAUGCACCACCCAGAUGUUCUUCCUCAUGCUCAUGGGUGUCUCUGAGGGUGUCCUUCUUUUCUUCGUGUCUUAUGACCACUACGUGGCUGUGUGCCACCCCCUGCAUUACCAGGAGCUCAUGAGAGGCCAGGUGUGUCUGGUGAUGGUGGGCGCAUCCUGGUUCUCAGGUGCACUUGUGGCCUCCAUCCUGACCUCUAUCACCCUGAUGUUCCCCUACUGUGCCUCACACACCGUGGACCACUUCUGUGAGCUGCCAGCUCUCCUCAAACUGUCAUGCGCGGACACAUCCGCCUAUGAGUUGGCACUAUCCAUCUCCGUGUGCUGAUCUUAUCUUACCUUGUCUCUCAUCUUUACCUCCUAUGGCCAUGUUCUGGGGGCUGUGCUGCGCAUGCGCUCAGCUGAAGCUAGACACAAGGCUUUCACCACAUGCUUGUCACACUUGGCUGUAGUGGGUCUCUUUUAUGGGGCAGCCGUGUUCAUGUACAUGGUCCCGGGAAGCUACCACAGCCCACAACAAGACAACAUGGUGUCCCUCUUCUACAGCCUCAUCACACCCACCCUCAAUCCCCUCAUCUACAGCCUGAGGAACAGAGAAGUCUGAAUGGCCUUCGUCACAACCAUGGGCAGGACUGACUUCAGGGUGAAGCAGUGA